AGCAGCGGUUAAGCAUUUCAUUGAGCAGAUAGUGGAUGGAAAAUAAAUUUUCUUGAUUGGAAACAAUGUAUCAGCCUCCGCCUGCAGCACCGCAGCAAGUGCCACUUCUACCAGCGCCAACUGAGGACCCGCCGCCACCUGGUGUGAAGGACCUCAGCUCAUCCUCGUACAACUACAGCCAAAAUGCUACGCCCCCGGUGAACGAGUAUGCUCAGGGGGGCUCCACACCCUACUAUAGGCAUCCAGACGCCUCUUUCAACGCUUCUGCAGCGCCAACUUACGAUGGCUACCAUCAAGGAGCUUACGGUUAUGAAGGUUAUCAGUACCAAGCGCCACCAUACGGCCAAUACGACCAGAGCGCGUAUUCCUAUGACGGCUACAAAUACCAGGAUCGGUACGCGUACACGCCAAACUUUCGUCCGAAUAACCCAAGACUUCAUUCGUACAAUGUGAAUCCAGGGUACAGCAACCACUCUGGGGGAUACAACUACUCCAAGCGAUAUGACCCACGUCAUACGUACUAUCUGCAGAGAGAACCCCGACCAUCGCAGCAUACCUAUUACCCUCCAAGAGGUGGCUCCGGCGAGGAGUAUGCUAGUCGAAGCUAUAGAGAAAGAUGUGAGCCAAUUGAUGGGAAAGCGACGCAAUCAAAGUCCAAGCCCAAAGUGGAAACGGAGCGAGAUCGUCUGCUGCGCCAAUGGUGCUCCAACUAUUGCGAGAAGCCAGAGGAUUACAUUGAGAAAAUGAAUGCCCUCAACGAGUCGGCAGGGAACGUCGAGUCUUGGGUAAGAUCAUCGCCAGCGGAGCCAUAUUACGAGCGCACCAAUAACGAAAACGAAGUGAGGAGCAAGAAGCGCUUACAGAAUCUGUGCGAUCUCUUUGAGGACGAGCUACUUAAGCGAGCGGAUCGAGUGCGUAAGACGUUGCCGGCGUAUGCGCCGCCUCCGAGAAAGGCGCGACGUCGCGUCUGCAAGCACAAACACAAGUCGGAGGCCUGUUCCUCGUCGUCCGAUGACGACUCGGACGAAGACGGUUUCAAGGUCGAGCAGGACUGCUGCAUGGAAGAAUUGUCGCGCAAGGUGCAGCAUCCGCAGCGUGUUCAUGCCGAUCUCUGGCACAACGAUGCAGGCGAGAUGAACGAUGGUCCGCUGUGUCGCUGCUCCGCAAAGUCGCGCCGCAGCGGCAUUCGGCACGGCAUCUAUCCCGGAGAAACCGGCUACAAGUUGUGCGACAAAUCCACAAACAAUGCCAAGAGUCUCUUCCAUUAUCGCAUAACCAUUUCGCCGCCCACCAACUUUCUGACCAAGACGCCAACUAUUAUCAAGCACGAUGAGCACGAGUUUCUCUUCGAGGGAUUCUCGCUGCUGUCCCAUGUGCGCCUCACCGAUCUGCCGGUCUGCAAGGUGAUUCGCUUCAACAUUGAGUACACCAUUGAGUACGACGAGGAGAAGAUGCCCGACAACUUCACCAUUCUCGAGCUGGACCACUUCUUCAAAUAUUUAUUCCACGAGCUGCUGGAGCUGGUUGACUUUAACCUGGAGCCCAAUGCUGGCUCUGAUGGUGUUGAAUCCUGUCCAGCUUUUCAUUUCCUACCUCGGUUCGUGCGUGACCUGCCCGACAAUGGCAAAGAGGUGCUGGCGAUGUGUGAGGUACUCAAGUAUCUGCUGGACAACUCGGCCGAACUAGUGGAGCGGCAGCAGUUGCUGCACUUGAACCAGAUCAGCCAGAGCGAAUGGCAGAACUAUGUGGACUUUAUAAAGGGCAUGCUGGUGACCAAGCCCGGCCACAAGCCGUGCUCUCUGCGUGUGGACCAGUUGGACAGAAACAACUCAGACUUGCCCGAGUGCGUGCACCAGGAGUCGGGUAUCUCGCAUCCGGCCAUUGUCCACUUUGGCAUACGUCCGCCCCAGUUGAGUUAUGCAGGCAAUCCGGAGUACCAGAAGGCUUGGCGUGACUACGUCAAGUUCCGACAUUUAAUGGCGAACAUGUCAAAGCCCUCGUUCAAGGACAAGCGCAAGCUGGAGGACAAGGAGCAGCGGCUGCAGGAGAUGCGCACCCAGGGACGGAUGAAGCGCAACAUCACGGUGGCCAUCAGUUCGGAGGGUUUCUAUCGCACUGGCAUUAUGUGCGACAUUGUGCAGCAUGCCAUGCUGAUACCCGUGCUGACCUGCCACUUACGCUUCCACAAAUCGCUGGACCUGCUCGAGGAGAGUAUUGGCUAUCAAUUCAAGAAUCGUUAUCUUCUGCAGCUGGCGCUGACGCAUCCCUCGUACAAGGAGAACUACGGCACCAAUCCGGACCAUGCUCGCAACUCGCUCACCAACUGUGGCAUUCGACAGCCGGAGUAUGGGGACCGCAAGAUCCACUACAUGAACACAAGGAAGCGGGGCAUCAACACCCUGGUCAGCAUUAUGUCGCGCUUUGGCAAGGAUCAGGAGACACUUUCAAAUAUCACCCACAACGAACGCCUGGAGUUCCUGGGCGAUGCUGUCGUGGAAUUCCUCAGUUCAAUUCAUUUGUUCUUCAUGUUCCCGGAGCUGGAGGAGGGCGGCCUGGCCACCUACCGAGCUGCCAUUGUCCAGAAUCAACACUUGGCUCUGCUGGCGAAGAAGCUGCAGCUCGAGGAGUUUAUGCUGUAUGCCCAUGGAUCCGAUUUGUGCCACGAACUGGAGCUGCGUCACGCCAUGGCCAAUUGCUUUGAGGCCCUGAUGGGAGCCCUCUUGCUGGACGGCGGCAUCAAGGUAGCUGACGAAGUCUUCACGGAAGCACUGUUCAGGAAGGAAGGCAAACUUUUGAACAUUUGGAAAAACCUUCCGGAGCAUCCGCUGCAGGAACAGGAACCUUUAGGCGAUCGCCGUUGCAUUGACUCGUACCGCGUCCUGAAGGAUCUCACUAAAUUCGAGGACUCGAUUGGGCUGAAGUUCAAGCACAUCCGACUCUUGGCCCGCGCCUUCACCGACCGCUCUAUCGGCUUCACCCAUCUCACGUUGGGCUCCAAUCAGCGCUUAGAGUUCCUGGGCGACACUGUCCUUCAGUUGAUCAGCUCGGAAUAUCUGUACCGUCACUUCCCGGAGCAUCACGAGGGACAUUUGUCGCUUCUACGCUCGUCGCUGGUCAAUAAUCGCACGCAGGCAGUGGUGUGCGAUGACCUGGGCAUGACCAAGUAUGCCGUCUACGCUAACCCCAAAGCUGACCUAAAGACCAAGGACCGCGCUGAUCUGUUGGAGGCAUUUCUGGGCUCGCUGUAUGUCGACAAGGGUCUACUUUUCUGCGAGCAGUUCUGUCAUGUGUGCCUGUUUCCGCGCCUCCAGUUGUUUAUCAUGAAUCAGGACUGGAACGAUCCCAAGUCCAAGCUGCAGCAAUGUUGCCUCACACUGCGCACCAUGGAUGGCGGGGAGCCGGACAUACCCUACUACAAGGUGGUCGAGGCCAGCGGUCCGACCAACACGCGUGUCUACAAGGUGGCUGUCUACUUCCGAUCAAAGCGCUUGGCCACCUCCAGCGGCGCCUCCAUUCAGCAGGCCGAGAUGAACGCAGCAAAGCAGGCCUUGGAGAACUCGAGGGAUCUCUUCCCACAGUUGGAUCACCAGAAGCGGGUGAUUGCCAAAAGCAUUAAGAAGCAGACGGGCAGCGAGGUGGACAACGAUGCCGAAAAGCAACCGGACGAGGACAAAGCCAAGAAACCAAAAUACACAGCACUCUUGCAGGAUGAAUCUCACUUGCCCAAGCAGUAUCGCAUGCAUGAAAACAUCUCCAGCGACGAGUUGCCGGAGGAUGAUGAACUUGAAAAUGGCUCUGCCAAGAGUCCGACUGCAGCCCACCGCUUGCCACGGAGUGGAGUCGAUAGCGAGAGCAGCACUGACAGCGAUAGCGACACCUCCAAGAUAACUCCCAAGCGUCGUCGUCGCAUGCGAAAGAGCUCGUCAGCGUCAUCCCUGUCCUCGCCAUCGUCCUCAUCGCCAUUGUCUUAGAAGUCGACUGAAUUUGUACUUAAGUUCUUUCAAUGUCGCUUGCAUUUCCAAAAUGUACUUUAACUAAAAUGUAGCUCUGCCAAAAUAAAGUGAAACGAAACA